AUGCCCCCAGACCUCCCAGGGCCUCCUGGGCCUCCGGGUCCUCCUGGUCCUAUUGGUCCUCCUGGCACUCCUGGUCCUCCUGGCACUUCUGAUCCUCCUGGCACUCCUGGUCCUCCUGGCAUUCCUGGUCGUCCUGGCACUCCUGGUCCUCCUGGCAUUCCUGGUUUUCCAGCUGCCCCAGGUUUCCCAGGUCUCCCAGGUCGUGACGGUCCUCGAGGUCCUCCAGGUCCUCCAGGUCCUCCAGGUUUUGCUUGUGGCACGAAUGGUUACGGACAAGUCCCCUACUGGGGCCCUUACUGUGAAGGAAGCAUCAGGUCCAAAUCAGAGUUGACAGUGUCUGUGACCAACAAAACAAUCACGGAAGGACGGAAUGUCACUUUAAAAUGCACGUCUGCAUGCCCCCUCCAUCAGAAUGCCAGCUUUGUCUGGUACAAGAACUCCCAUCCUCUGACUAAGAACACCACCAUCAACACCACACUGUACUUGGACCCAGUCGGUAGUGAGGAUGCAGGUAGCUACUCCUGUGGUGUGAAGGGCUACGAGGACGACCUCUCCCCAGCAGUGACUCUCAGUGUCAGAUAUGCACCGAAGGCUGUCUUUGUCUCCAUCAGCCUCUCUGGUGAAAUAGUGGAGGGCAGCUCUGUGACUCUGACCUGCAACAGUGACGCCCACCCACAGGUGCAGAACUACACCUGGUUUAAAGAGACUGCGACUGAACCUGUACUAGUAGGAUCAGACAACAAUCUCACAUUCCCCGGCAUCACCUCAAAGGAUGCUGGUCUUUACUACUGCGCUGCAACCAAUGAACUUGGUCAAGAAAUCUCAAGCAUGAUGGCCAUAGAAGUUACCAGCAGAAUGUGGCUGAUCCUGGUUGCUGUGGGGGGGCUAGUGGGGACCCUGGCUGCUGUCUUUCUGAUUGGCCUCAUCAUCGCCUACAAAGUGAAGAGAUGGCCAUUUAAAAAUGCUGUAGAGAUAAAGGGGUCCCAACCGGAUGAUAAAGAUGCUACAUACACAGCCCUAGAUCCCAAGGCCACAAGCUCAUCAGAGUAUGAAACUCUCACUCACAGCAGUCACGUUCUUCUCUGGCCUACAUAUUUGACUUUGGAGAACAUAGUAAGAACAUACGCCUGUAAGACUGGAACCAGAGUGAUGUUUGCAGGAGGCUCUUCUGCCAUGUUCACCAAGUUGACUGCAGCCAUGUUAAUGGUAUCCCUUCUAUCUGCCUCAGAUCUAGCUUGCCCCAAGGCCCUCCCGGGGCCUCCUGGUCCUCGUGGUCCUCCUGGUGCUCGUGGUGAGCGUGGUCGUGCUGGUCUUGCUGGUGCUCCUGGUGCUGAUGGGUAUGGACAAGUCCAGUACUGGGGCCCUUACUGUGAAAGAAGCAUCAGAUUCAACUCAGAGUUGACAGUGUCUGUGACCAACAAAACAAUCACGGAGGGACAGAAUGCCACUUUAAAAUGCACGUCUGCAUGCCCCCUUCAUCAGAACGCCAGCUUUGUCUGGUACAAGAACUCCCAUCCUCUGACUAAGAACACCACCAUCAUCAACAACACACUGCACCUGGACCCAGUCGGUAGUGAGGAUGCAGGUAGCUACUCCUGCGGUGUGGAGGGCUACGAGGACGACCUCUCCCCAGCUGUGACUCUCAGAGUGCAGAACUACACCUGGUUUAAAAAGACUGCGACUGAACCUGUACUAGUAGGAUCAGACAAGAAUCACACAUUCCCCGGCAUCACCUCAAAGGAUGCUGGUCUUUACUACUGCGCUGCAACCAAUGAACUUGGUCAAGAAACCUCCAGCAUGAUGGCCAUAGAAGUUACCAGUCGAAUGUGGCUGAUCCUGGUUGCACUGCUGCUGGGGACCCUGGCUGCUGCUGCUGCUGUCUUUCUGAUUGCCCUCAUCAUCGCCUACAAAAUGGCCUUUUAA